ACAGUGCAGAAGAGCACCUCCCCCGACAGUUUUUUUUCUUCUCGUCAAGACCAGUAUGCAGGGGAUCUAGUUUCAGGCGUAUCUUUUUACGCUUGAUACUUUAGGAGGUUAGGCCGGAGCAAGGAGUUUGGGGUAGCCAGGCAAGAGGGGAAGUGAUUGCGCUCGGCUACUGUGCGUGAGUGACAGCCGGGAAGUGCAUCUCUACUCUCUACUGCAUCCUCCCAUUUGCUACCAAACCUAGAGAAUUCACUUGAUGUCAAAUCAACUGUCAACCCAACAGACAGGGUGAAAACAUAGACCAGGAUUUUUACUGGAGGAAACUGAAAUUACGAAAAUGAACGAGACAGAGCACAUCCCGUUUGCAGAAUACGAUUUUGAGAGAAAAUUUGAUGAAAAGGGCGCUCUCGAAUGGAUGCAAGAAAACUGGAGCAAGUCCUUUAUGUUCUGUGGACUGUAUGCUGCAAUCAUCUUCGGGGUCCAACACUUCAUGAGAGAGAGGCCCAAGCUGAACCUGCGCCGACCACUUGUCCUCUGGUCACUCAGUUUGGCUAUCUUCAGUAUCAUCGGAGCUGUCAGGACCGGAUGUUAUAUGUUCCAUGUCCUCAACAAAAGUGGCUUUAAGCAGUCGGUGUGUGACACCAGCUUCUACAGCGCUCCUGUCAGCAAGUUCUGGGCCUACGCUUUUGUCCUGAGCAAGGCCCCUGAGCUGGGCGACACGGUGUUUAUCGUGCUCCGUAAGCAGCGCCUCAUCUUCCUGCACUGGUACCAUCACAUUACCGUGCUGGUCUACUCCUGGUACUCCUACAAGGACCAGGUGGCCGGUGGCGGCUGGUUCAUGACCAUGAACUACCUGGUCCACUCCUUCAUGUACACCUACUAUGCUGCCCGGGCGGCGGGUUACCGGGUGCCCCGACCCUGCGCUAUGGUCAUCACAGCCACCCAGAUCAUGCAGAUGGUGAUGGGGCUUGCUGUCUUAGGCUUGGUCUACCACUGGAUGCACGAAGUGCGCUGCCCGUCUUACGUGCCCAACAUCGCCUGGGGCUCACUCAUGUACCUCAGCUACCUGGUCCUGUUCGCCUCCUUUUUCUACAAGUCCUACCUCAAGGUUGCAGCUGACAAGGAGUCCAAGGCCAAGUAGGGGCUGGAUUCGUCAGAGGCAAGUUGUACACUGGGCAAGUCAUAUUAAGAGUGUGCCUAGUUGAGAAGUAUAUUGCGUUGUGCCAUAAUGUGUGAGUCACAACUGUUUUUUGCUGGUUGCUGGGUCCACGUCAAUUGUGACAAGCCAAUUUCUUCCCACCCCAACUUUGUAUUGCUGUAGCUCAUCUAACUAACUAGAACCCUGGAUAACACGAUAAUGGAACGGUUGUUGAGAGUGGACAGGGGAACCAGUGCAUGGUCAGGACACGUUAAUACACUGCUCAAAAAAAUAAAGGGAACACUAAAAUAACACAUCCUAGAUCUGAAUGAAUGAAACAUUCUUAUUCAAUACUUUUUUCUUUACAUAGUUGAAUGUGCUGACUACAAAAUCACACAUAAAUUAUCAAUGGAAAUCAAAUGUAUCAACCCAUGGAGGUCUGGAUUUGGAGUCACACUCAAAAUUAAAGUGGAAAACACACACCACACUACAGGCUGAUCCAACUUUGAUGUAAUGUCCUUAAAACAAGUCAAAAUGAGGCUCAGUAGUGUGUGUGGCCUCCACGUGCCUGUAUGACCUCCCUACAACGCCUGGGCUUGCUCCUGACGAGGUGGCGGAUGGUCUCCUGAGGGAUCUCCUCCCAGACCUGGACUAAAGCAUCCGCCAACUCCUGGACAGGUUGUGGUGCAACGUGACGUUGGUGGAUGGAGCGAGACAUGUUGUCCCAGAUGUGCUCAAUUGGAUUCAGGUCUGGGGAACGGGCAUCAAUGCCUUCCUCUUGCAGGAACUGCUGACACACUCCAGCCACAUGAGGUCUAGCAUUGUCUUGCAUUAGGAGGAACCCAGGGCCAACCGCACCAGCAUAUGGUCUCACAAGGGGUCUGAGGAUCUCAUCUCGGUACCUAAUGGCAGUCAGGCUACCUCUGGCGAGCACAUGGAGGGCUGUGCGGCCCCCCAAAGAAAUGCCACCCCACACCAUGACUGACCCACCGCCAAACCGGUCAUGCUGGAGGAUGUUGCAGGCAGCAGAACGUUCUCCACGGCGUCUCCAGACUCUGUCACGUCUGUCACAUGUGCGUGUGAACCUGCUUUCAUCUGUGAAGAGCACAGGGCGCCAGUGGCGAUUUUGCCAAUCUUGGUGUUGUCUGGCAAAUGCCAAACGUCCUGCACGGUGUUGGGCUGUAAGCACAACCCCCACCUGUGGACGUCGGGCCCUCAUACCACCCUCAUGGAGUCUGUUUCUGACCGUUUGAGCAGACACAUGCACAUUUGUGGCCUGCUGGAGGUCAUUUUGCAGGGCUCUGCCAGUGCUCCUCCUAAUCCGUCUUGCACAAAGGCGGAGGUAGCGGUCCUGCUGCUGGGUUGUUGCCCUCCUACGGCCUCCUCCACGUCUCCUGAUGUACUGGCCUGUCUCCUGGUAGCGCCUCUAUGCUCUGGACACUACACUGACAGUCUCAUGCUACCACUAGAGUGAAAGCACCGCCAGCAUUCAAAAGUGACCAAAACAUCAGCCAGGAAGCAUAGGAACUGAGAAGUGGUCUGUGGUCACCACCUGCAGAACCACUCCUUUAUUGGGGGUGUCUUGCUAAUUGCCUAUAAUUUCCACCUUUUGUCUAUUCCAUUUGCACAACAAAUGUAUUGUCAAUGAGUGUUGCUUCCUAAGUGGACAGUUUGAUUUCACAGAAGUGUGAUUGACUUGGAGUUACAUUGUGUUGUUUAAGUGUUUCCUUUAUUUUUUUGAGCAGUGUAUAACAAAUCAUUAAAUUAAAAAAAGGCGAUAGAGAGACCAGCUCAGUUUGUGUUUGACUAAAUGUACUACUCACUUCAUUUUGAUUUCGUGGCUUUGUUAAUCAAUCUUUUUGACCAGCUGCUUCAGUCGGAGUCCAGUGAAAAAAACACAGCCAUAUGAGUCCUGAGGUUUCUCCAAGGGCAGUUUACAACCGCGUUUGCAGUCUGCACGUUCAAUGAAUUCGAUAGUCACUGACAGGACAUUUUUCAUGCUGAAAGGCUCUAACUUGUAGUGAAAUCUGGUGCUUUAUAGACCAGCCCUGAGAAUUGUCUCACUGUAUUAGACCUCACAACCCUUUAGUAUAACGAAAUGACGAUCAAAAGGAACUAAUGCACUGAUUAAUUGAGGAUAGUUUUUCUGUUUUAGUUGUAGGUAAUUGUCUGGGAAUAGGUGGGAGGAGAGAAGCGCACGGAAAAGAGUGACACUUGGAAUAAUGUGUCCAUUGUAAAUAAUAUAUCUUAAGAAUGUAUUUAUUUUCUUAAAAUCUAAAGUCUAUGGUGGUCCUUGGAGUGUACCAGGAAAUAGUGGGACUCAGUACGUUUCUGCCUGUCUUAAAUUGUGCAGUAUGAGUUGUGCAAUUUUUGUAUUUGAAAUGUUUUUCUUUACAUCACAACAAUGCACUAUAUUGUUUUUUUGUUUUUUUAAUUAUUACAUCUCUCUGUGUGUUCAUUAAAGAAUCGGAAGCCCCCUGAGAUUUAUUUUUAUUUGUCAAACAACAGCCGAUCGAUCAUCAUGUCACCAGAAUAAGACCCUCAAUAUUUCUUGGAAAGGAACAACAAGCUCAUCACCGUGCAUUUUUACCACCCUGUGAAGUUCGUCAUAACUUCCCACUGAGCACAGACCUCAAUUCAAUAUCUGAUCCAUGUUGGUUCAACAUCAUUUCAUUGAAAUGACAUGGAAACAACAUUGAUUCAACCAGGGUGUGCCCUGAGGGUUAUUUAAUUUGUAGCCUAAUAAACUGAAUGCUUUCCCGAGUCAUAGUGGGAGAACCACACACCAUAUCAUGGUGUGAAUUUGAGUUUACUUCGAUAUGACAGUUAUUAUAUCAAUAUUUGUGAAUACCGCCAUUUCUCCAAUAAUACAUUUUUACAGACAAAAACAUCUCACCUAGCGUAACAAAUUUGCUGUUUCCAUCAGGCCUGUCAUGACAUUUUCUAUCCGACAUUUACUUUACUCGCAUACAAAUGUUGGAUGGAAACCUGGUUACUGUAAAGCCCUAGUUAUUUUGUUGCUUUGACAAAGUCAUUUCUGAUGAUUAUUAUUUAUUUCAUGUGAUUAGGGAUUAAUCUAAUCCAGGGAUGGGCAACUGGCGGUCCGCAGCCCCUCGGUUGUAGGCCCCGCAGGUCAAUUUACCCCCCCCCCUGGGAUGUGGGUACACAGACCCGCGAGCCACUGCGGCCCCUCAUGAUGUAUUCAAAGUUGCCCAUCCCUGAUCUAAUCACAUGAAAUUUAUGUCAACCCUGUUACGUGAACUGAACUCUCAUUUUAAAAUGGUGAAACUAUUCCUUAUAAAAAAAUUUUUUUCAAAAGAAACAUUGAAUAUCUAAUAGUCAAAUCAUAGUGUAAAAGCAGGUGAGCUGGUUCUACUCUUUUUGGCCAUUUUCAGUUGUUUUGUGGUGGAAAACGGAGUGGGUCGAGCAUAACAUGUCAACCCUGUUACCCAUAGAUAGACAGGCUUGAAAUGCUUUAACAAUAAAACAUUUUUGGGGGAAGCUUGCAUUCAAUUCCCCUUACCUGUUUAACACAGCAAGCCUCCAUUCCCCCUGUCACAAGGGGAUUAAUGGCUGAUUUAAGAUGAAAUCGUCAACCCUGUUACCGUCUUACUAUAUUUGGCAUUUAAUAGGCAUUUACUAUAGUCAUUUUUUUAUUGAGAUGGGAAAAAGUGUUUUUUAUUAAGUUAAACGUGUUCUUUGACAUAAUAUUAAAAUGAGGUUAAAUAAAACAAUGAAUCAUAAUGUUAUAAUACCCAAAAAGGUUUUGGUGGAAAAUUUGGUGGAAAGACCCAGAUACUGUUACACAAAGAUGCACAUAUUUUCCUUUUUGUUUCCUCCUAUUUUAAAUACGACCACCAGUGUUGAUUGGAUACAUUGUGUAAGUAGAGGCUUAGGUCAAGGCAGCGACAUGGUUUUGUUGUCUAGAAAUCUAGUAGAUACAGAAAGUAGUGUCUUGUAAGCACACCUAACCUCUAGUGAGUUUUAACCCGUGGCAGCUUAUGUGUGUCUUAUGUUUGUAAUAGAGCUGCACUGUACUAUCUCCUUCCUACCCAUCCUCCCAGAGCCACACUGGUGUGAGCACAUUUACUUUAAUGUAUGUAUCAGCUGAGAGUAGUUAUGGCUUAAAGUAUACAGACUAUUUUGAUGCUGUGUGUGUGUGUGUGUGACAUUUGCCUUCAUAAGCACUACUAGACAUUUUUUUUUUAAACCUUUCAGUCAUGUUUUAUAACCCCCCCUGUGACGCCAAGUGUGUCAUGGAGCUCGUACUCUCAAGUUUAUUAGCUUCCAGCACAAAGUGAGACAGUCUAGCCUGUACAUGGCUGGUAGUCGCCAAAUGUCUUAAGUAGUGCUUAUAAUCUUAUUAUAAUGUUGUGUUUAUGAAGUAGCUACACUGCCCUUAUGUAAUAUCCUUCAUAUUACUCAAAUGUAACACCUGAUGCUGCAGCAGGCACAUUAAUGUAUUACCAUUGUUAUAGAAUAGUACAAUAAGCUUAGCAGUGUUAAGAAGUGUGAAUCAUUUUUAAGACCACACCAGAAGAGUGAAUCUGCAAGAUAUAUUUAUUUCACUUGGCUGGUGUUGUGUCAAUAAUGAUGAUAUUAUGAUCAUGAUGUGACAUUAUACAUGUUGUCCACCCUCCACCUUGAAACCAACGGUUGCAUUUUAGUUGUAAAAUAUCGUAACGAUAAUACGCAGGGAAUAUACUCAGUUUAUAAUACAUUCAUUUGUGUGCCAAAUGAUGCUUCUGCAGUUUUCUACUCUGUUAGGUAAAUGUGAACACAGUUCGUGUUUGUAUAUUAUCUUUGCUGAUGUAGAGUGUAAGAAGACAUGCUUAUGCAUCCCUGUGAGUCCGCUAUCUACUACGUUACUGAUAAGAAAGGGAAAAAACUGUCAAGAGCUUUGAUGUUUAAAUGUUUGGAUUUAAAAUGUUGAAACAAUAAAUUCAUAUCUGUUUUAAAAUA